AUGAGCACAGGCAGACCGUCGCAGAAAAAGCAGCCUUCGCGAAAAGGCAAGAAGGCCUGGCGUAAAAAUAUUGAUCUGGAGGAUGUCGAGAAGAACAUUGAGGAUAUUCGUGAGGCCGAGAUUGUUCUUGGUUCUGCUCCCCUGUUCGAGGUUGAUGUCCAAGGUGAUGCUGAGGCUCUCACCAAAGAGAUGAAAAAGGAGAAACAGCUCAAGUCUUUGGAGAUUCUCAACAAGAGAUCGGCAAUUCCUGGCUUGAAGGCAGCCCACAAAAGGAAGGAUAAGCCCAAGGUCAAAGCCAAGAAGAUCCACGAUCUGCUUCGGCUUUCUGGACGCACUGGCGAGGAUCCCAAUAAAGUCAUUAUUGAACAAGACGGCAUUGUUCGGGUGGGCGUGAGUGAUCCGUGGGCAGAGGAAAUUUCCAUGGUUCCAGUCAAACGACCCACAACUCUUUUCAAAAAGCCUGAGGCCCCGGUGCCGGACACCGUGGCGGUUGAAAUCCCUGCUGCUGGCAAGUCAUACAACCCUGAUUUGGACGACUGGAAGAGUUUGAUUUCAGCUGAGCACAAAAAGCUUGAAAAGCUUGAGGUUGAGCGGGUCAAGACUGAGGAAGAGAAGGAGCGCAUUGAAGCUAUUUUAGCUGCUGCUGAGACAGGCGAUGAUGAGGAAAUUGACCAAGAGUCCGAGGAGGAACUUGCCGAUCCCGAAGUCCGUCUUUCGGUCGGCGAGGCGGUCAAGAAUAAGAAAAAGACUAAACAACAACGUGCCCGUCUGAGAAGACACAAGGAAAAGAUGCAGAUGCAGGAUCGUCUUAAACAACUCCGCAAACAAUUGACCAAGAUCGAGCAGGCAGUUCGGGAUAGCGAGAAGGUCACAGAGGAGCCCAUGGCUCGCAAAGAAAAGAAAGCCCGUACUCUCAAGAAGGCACAUUCUCGUUAUAGCGUCAUGGAGUCUGAGCUAGAGGUCAAGUUGUCGGAUGAAAUGGAAGACUCUCUCAGAAGGCUGCGUCCUGAGGGCAACAUCGCAAAGGAUCGGUUCCGCAGCUUGCAAGCUCGCGGUCUUAUUGAGGCUCGUGUUCCUGUUUCGAAGAAACGACGAUACGCCAAGAAGGUCACCGAGAAGUGGAGUUACAAGGAUAUCAAGUUGUAA